CCAGCAAAUCCCGUGAUCCUGCCCUCCAAACCAAAAGUAGGUGUGUGUUAACAGUGACGAGUUGGGUCUAAGUCUGGAAAGAAGGAAAGCGUUUGACACUAGUCCCAACAGACUAAAAAAAAACGUUUCUCUUUACAAUUAACACAUCAGAUCUCGAUUUGUGAUCAGGUUUUUUUUUCUUUUUGUCUCUCUCUCUCUUUCCUUUCUUUCCUUGGCAAUUCUCAGUAACUUGCAGCAAACUCGUUUAAGCUUAAAAAGUUGUGUGCUUCCCUUUCUCUUUCUCGCUCUCGCUCUCGCUCUCUUGUCACAGGUAAGAAGAUCUCACUCAGUUAAACCAUGUCAGUGAGUCAGGUUUCGACUGUGGACAGAGUGGAGGCUUCACCAAAGAGCAACAAACCAGACAACACAGCUUUCACCCAGCAAAGGCUCCCGGCUUGGCAGCCCAUUCUGUCGGCAGGUUAUGUCCUCCCUCUGUUCAUCGUGUUUGGGUUGAUAUUUAUUGGGAUCGGACUCGGGUUACACUUCACUUCCAACAGCAUCAUGGAAAAACAGAUCGAUUAUACAGGUGACACAAGCGAGCAUGCUUGCUACAAUUGCAGUAUGAAUGCAAAUAAGAACUGCAAAUGCACAAUAAGAUUCACGGUGACCCAGAUGAUGAAGGGGCCCAUCUUCAUGUACUACGGAUUAUCGAAUUUCUUUCAAAAUAAUCGGAAGUACGUAAUCUCCCGGGACGAUAUCCAACUUUUCGGUGAUUUAGAUAAUUUCCAGAACCCUUCCAAUUACUGUUUUCCAUUUGUCCGAGACAGUCAGAAACGCCCAAUUGUUCCAUGUGGAGCCAUUGCAAACAGCCUUUUCAAUGACUCCUUCACCCUAUAUAAAGUCGGGAAUGACAACAAUCGCUCUCAAGUUGUCCUGAAGAGCAAAGGAAUUUCUUGGUGGACGGAUUACAACGUCAAAUUCAAGAACCCGGUUACAACCAACAAUAACAGCGUUCUGCAGGCAGCAUUUGAUGGAACCGUCAAACCUUUGAACUGGCUUCGACCUGCCUACGAACUAGACACGAAUCCCCAAAACAACGGCUUCCAAAACGAAGACUUCAUUGUGUGGAUGCGGAUCGCGGCUUUGCCCACGUUUCGCAAACUCUACCGGCGAAUCGAUGAGGGACUGACCGUUGGGAAAUACGACCUGGAGAUAGCGUACAAUUAUCCGGUGCUGAGCUUCGACGGACGGAAGCACAUAACGUUCAGCACGAUAUCCUGGAUGGGCGGCAAGAACUCAUUCUUGGGCAUUGCUUACCUGGUGUGUGGGUCCCUCUGUGUUGUGACUGGCAUUGUGCUGCUUAUCGUCUAUAUCAAAUACCAAAAACAGCACCACGGCUCUGCUGAAUAGCGAGCUGCACAACGGCACCCAAAUCGUUCUGCGAUUAGUUCUACCUGUUGGACAGAAAUAGCGAAUUAUCAUGGAAUGGUUAUUAGAAAUUAACUCCUUAUAUGAAGCGUUUAAAUUUUACUUCAUCUUUUUGGGAAUGAGAAGAGUGUCAGGUCUCUUUAAUUUACCCGUCGCAUAUUUCCCAGUUGUGAACUCUGUAUUGAUUUAAUUACAUUAUGAAAAAGGUGCUUCGAAACACAUCCCAAAUGACUGUGUCUUCUUGCAAAUGUUAGUUAGUUACUUGAAAAUGUUUACAGCGAUUGUUUUGCUCAGCAAAUGUAGUCGGGUGCAUUAACAAAUUAGGGCUUGUGAAGGACCCUCUGGGUACACAGAGGCUGGAGCCAGAAGAGGUAAUAAUGUUCCAGGAGUAAGACUGAGCACAAUCACUAGUACUCGGUGGUGGAGGCGGGAGAAUAAUUCAGAUCACUAUCAUUGAUCUUAUUGAUCAAUUAUUAUUAUUGCGUUUUGCCCACA